ACCGCUAAUUUAACUCCCCCUCUAUAUCUCAUCCGGUCAUUUUGGCGGCACCAAAACCGCCACUUUUCCUUCCCACUCCCCACAUUCCACUUUCUUUAGUCGUCCUCUCUCUCUCUCUCUCUCUCUCUCUCUCUCUCUCUCUCAAGAUUUUGCACAAUUUCAUCACCGUGGAUUUAGCAGUUGCUUAAUAUAUACUGUGAAUAUGCACGUCCUGUUGACAGUUUUAAUUUGUUGAUUGUUAUUUCUUCCAUCAUAGAUAGAUGUACAGAGAGACUGAGGAGAAUGAGGGACUCUUCAGACACUUCUUCGUUUUCUCUCUCCAGCCUCCUCUGCCAUGAAGAUCAAUCUUGCUUAAAUCAAUUGGAAUUUGAAUCAAACACUUGCAUAGAUUCAGACCCAUGUUUUGUUUAUGUGGAUGAAGAUGAGUAUGUUGAGAACUUGGUCCGCAGAGAAGCUCGUUGCUUUGGAUCCAAGGGCUUUGUACCCUUUACUGAUUGCUCUGCCUCUGACAUAUGCUGGUUGAAAACUGCUCGCUUGGAUUCGAUUGAAUGGAUUUUCAAUACAGGAGGAAAUUUUGGGUUCCAAUUUCAAACAGUUUAUUUAUCUGUCACUUACUUUGAUGGGUUUCUUUCAAAGCGAUCCAUUGAUGAUGGGAAAUUGUGGGCUAUUCGACUAUUAUCAGUGGCAUGUUUAUCCUUGGCAGCUAAGAUGGAAGAAUGUAAAGUGCCAGCUUUAUCAGAGUUCCAAGUCCAAGAUUAUAACUUUGAAAGCAAGGUGAUUCAGAGAAUGGAGCUACUGGUCUUGAACACAUUGGAAUGGAAAUUGGGUUCAAUCACUCCUUUUGCUUAUCUGCAUUACUUUAUCAAUAAAUUCUGUGCUGAAUCUAGACCCAAAGGACUAUUCUCUGGUGCUAUAAGACUCAUUGUAGCAAUGGCAAAAGAGAUUGAUUUAAUGGAUACUCGGCCGUCUAUCAUCGCAGCAGCCGCAGUUUUAGCAGCAUCUGAUGGUCAGUUAACUAGAAAAAUGCUGGAGCUUAAGAUGAGUGUGGUCUCAUUCUUGCAGUCCCAAGAAAAUUAUGAACAUAUAUUUUCCUGUUAUAAUCAUAUGCAGGAAAUGGUGGAAAGAAAAGAUAAGACACCACCCAAGUUUUCAAUUUCCCCUAGCGUGUUAGCAAUCCAUUCAAGCUCAAUGGAUGUGCUUGAAAAUUCAGUUGGGACUAAGAGAAGGCUUACCUUCAGUGACUCUGAUCACAGUUGUCCAACAAAGAAAAAUCACAGGCCAUAGUUAGCAGAUUUUCUUCAGCAAAGGGUUGAUUUGGGGCAAUUUUUUUAUUGGAUUAUAGAGAUUUUACAACUGAAAAAAUGAUUCUUGGUAUUAGAUGGGGUUUAUAGGUCUAAUGAGUGUGUGUUAUCUACCAAUUUAUGGUAUAUAUGAUUUGGAAUUUGAUGAUUGGAGUUCCAAUUUCCAAUACCAAACAAAAGGUUUCAGCUGGUGACAACCAGGAGGAUAGAGAAAAAGGGAAAGUAAAUAAAUAAAAGAGGACAAGUACUACUUUAGCCUACAGUAAGAAGUUAAGAAGCUGACUGAUGUCCAAAGCCAUUAAGAAGGGAAUGAAUUCGAAGGCCAAGAGAGUGGUAGAAGGCCAUUGAUGACCCUUUUGUCUAUAGUAAAUCUUUAGUAAUAUUUGCUGUCAUAGUGCCACUAUUGCUCACCCACUUUUUUCUUUCCUUCUUUCAAUUUUGGUGUAAUUUUUUCUUGUUAUUAUUUUAUUAUUUUUAUGUUUCAUGAAAGUGAACAUUUAUUUAUGUACUUAUACAUCACUUGCUAACCCUACUUUUAUGGGGGCGCUUGGGAUGCUUCUUAUCUGUCUUUCAAAAGGCUGAAAGCCAUGAGGAAUGAAGAAUUGUUUUUGUUUGAUUUGA